GCUAGCGCCGUUGUCAAACUCUAGAAUUUUAGCGGUGUCGAGGAGUGUUUAAUCAUUGUUUAUCGAACUUCUAAGAGUUCACUCUCGGCAUUUCUUGGCCUAAUUCCAUCAUGGGCUUUAGCUUUAAGUACACUCGCUAUUCUGCCAUCGCUCAAAUCACUUUGGGAGUUUUAAGCAUUGUGUUUGGUAUCGCUGAUCGAGCUGUGCUGUACAAGAGAUAUGCUUUUCACUCGGAAUCUGUUGUGCCGAUAUGGAUGGGUGUUUGGUUUGUUAUCACUGGAGUGAUUGGUGUGCAUGGAAGUAAGCGCAGCAAUGCUAGGGAUGGAAGAGCAUCAAGGCCAUUGAUUGGGACCUACCUUGCUUUUAGUAUUGUCUCUACUGUAUUUGCUGCAGUAAUCAUCAUUAUGUAUGCCAUUGGAGUUGCAGUAGUCAUAACAAAAGGCUCUCCUUGUCAUUAUGCAGGAAAAUAUGUGAACGUUUAUAAGAGCCAACACUAUCGUGACCACAAAUACAUAUCACUAGAAAAGGAGUGCAACAGAAGUGUUGCUAUGGGUUCACUGGUCAUUAUCUUUGCCAUUCUUGAGUUCUGUGUUGGUAUCUGGGCWUCUAUUUGUGCUUGCACCAAUGGCUGCUGUGAUUGUUGUAAUCCCACAAUGCAACAGCCUACACAAAUGGGCCAAGUGAUCUAUCUCCAAACCCAACAAGGCCCACAAGCGUACAUCAUGACACAAAGUGCAAAUGGGGUUUCUGUGGCAGUACCUGCUAUGGUACCAGGCCAGGUUCAAAUGUCUGCCGUACCAGCCCCUACACAGGCCAUGUACCCAUCGCCUGCUGUUGCUCCAGGGGGUGGUGCUCAAGGGGUUGGUACCCUUGAUGCCCAGGCACCUCCUCUUCAUCCAAAAAGCGGAGACAUGCCUCCCGUUUACCAACCUUGAAUUGAUGCAAGUAGUAAAUAUACUGUAAUAUUUAGAAACUGCAUGAGCCAAGCUCAAUAAAUUUACUGAAAUUAAGUAAUCCUUAAGUAUUUAAAAGACUUUUUAACUUUGUUAUUUGCUUUGUCUUUGGUAACUGGUUAAUAUAUUACCGGUAUAUUAUUUUGUAGAAGAAUAUUUGUUCAAAAGCAGUAACUAUAGUGUGGAUUUUAUUUAAACUAUUGUGAUAUGCAUUUUGAUAAAUAUGAAAUUAUUCAUAAAGUGUAAAAAACCUGCAGGUCAGGUAGUUGUAAAUUUUCUUGUAAAAUAUGCUUUCAUUAGAGUUGUAAGCAGUUGUAAAUAUAGAAACUGGAAUAUAUUGUAGUAUUUUAUAGGAUCUGCAGGUCAGUUUGUAAAUGAUAUUAAAAUAAACAAACAAUAAUUACUGUUAA